GACUUCCAUCAUUUCUCUGCCUUCAUUUCAUUUAAUCCCCCAUGAUGAUGGAAAUAAGGUCGCUUCUCAGCUGGCCUCACCUGUGAUAAAGCGCCCUAAGUAACGUCCAUCGACCAACCUAAAUAUUCAUCUCGAUUCCCCUCGUGAUCUCUGCUUGGAUCACAAUUGGGUUCUCACUGUUGGCGCUUAUCUGUCGACUGCUCAUCAUCUACCUGGAGCUAUGCUUCGCCAUCAUCGCCAACUUCUUCGUCAUCCCAACCGCCACCAACAUCUCGCUACUGAAUCUCUCUGCCCCCUCUGAGCCUUCGACUCCAGCAGCGUCAACCCCCAAGCGACUCUCCAUAGACCAUGGCGCGCCCAAAUCCCUACCCACCUUGAUGUCUCACCAUCACAGCCAUCACCUGGCACACUCCCUCUCACGUGUCCAAAACAGACGUCCCAGCUACACCAUCCGCACCAAAAGCGCCUCCAACUCCUCUGACGACCAACAUCAACAACAAGCAGAAAUUCCGACUCGCAUGUGCAAAGAACCAUUACCAUCCCGACGCAACGCAAGCGGCCACAUCGCCCCCUCUGCCGCCGGCCUCCUCGGCCUCAUCAGCGGCGACUCUGGCCGCGACUUCGAGGGUCUCGGCGGGUGGCGCUCGUCGUCCAGAUACCCUCACCAUCACCUUUCGGGGACCACCUCGCCCUCGCCCAACGGCCUCCUCGUCAGAGAUGCCAACGACAACGACAGCGACGGCGAAGACGAAGACGAGCGAGCAUGGCUAUCCAUUAACCAACGCCUCGAGCUCCCCUCCCAGCCCCUCACCCUCCGCAGCAACAGUAGCACCUCGGAGCUCGUCGACCCGUCGUCCCCGGCCAUCUGGCGACCACGACGCUCUUCCCAAGAGCAGCCGCAGCACCCGCAGCAUGGUGGAGGACGGCAUCGUCACCACCACCGGUCGGCGACUACUUCUUCCCUCCAAGUCUCCAAGCUGUCGACCAGCUCCUUGUUCCUGUCACUGUCUAGUCGACCCGAUCCUGGGGUCGUAGCACCAACUCACUCGGAACCCCGUGGUGGUCUGCGGGGUUUUUCUCCGUCAUCAUCCACGAUCAAGCAGCUACCCUCCUCCGUCACGGAGACACUUUCUGCUGCUACUGCUGCUGCUGAUGACACUCGCCCACCACUCAUGGAUGGCCACUCGUCGUCGAGUGCAGUGAUCGAUGGACCGCCGUCUGGUAGCGGCGGUGCCGGCUACUUCGCCGCACGACCCGCCAGCAGGGCCAGUUCCAGCGGAUCCUUAACCCCGGUCGAGGGGCGGUGGUCACCCAGGCCGCCGGGGAAGUCGAUGGCGCAUUACUCGACAGGCCUGCGAUAUCGUCGAAGAAGUAUAUCCGGGCCGAACUCGGGGGUUCAGUUCCUGCAGCCGUGAGUGGCCACGGGGACCUGCGAUCGGAGUGCUCGCUACAUGCAAUCCAACGUAGUGUAACUUACCGCCAAAAGUGAAGUAUGCCUGUUCGCCAUGGUUUCUGAAAGUUCUGAAAGUCCGAUCGUGGAAUCUUAGUAUCAUAGUGACGCUUGCUAUCUCCAUAAGAUACAUCUAAAUAACGAGUCUCUUUUGCUUAGUUCGUCCAAAUUCGAAAAGAGCCAUUG